UUUACUUUCCCCUUUCUCACUCCCUCUGUCAAAAAAAUUCCUCUCUCUCUCCACUAUUGAAGCAGCUCCCGUGCGUUUUGCUCCUCUCAUUCUCACUCUUCUUCUCCAUUGAAGCGCACUUUGAGUUCUCCAUUAUUGAAGCGCACUCCGAGUUCUCCAUUAUUGAAGCGCACUCCGAGUUCUCCAUUAUUGAAGCGCACUCCGAGUUCUCCAUUGAAGCGCACUCCGAGUUCUCCAUUAGUGAAGCGCACUCCGAGUUCUCCAUUAGUGAAGCGCACUCCGAGUUCUCCAUUGAAGCGUUGUAUGAGUUCUCCAUUGAAGCGCUGUCUGAGUUCUCCAUUGAAGCGCUCAUAGUUUUCCAUUAAAGCUUGCCCUGCGCAUGAUAAGCUUUGGAUGUGAUUACCACUGGGCACAAAAAGAUUCUCGCUUUGAUCAAGAGGUAGAUUAAAGAGGAUGAUAAGAUGAUACAAGCCGAGGGUGUUGAGUCACUUUUAGAGGCAGAGCUUCGUCAAGCAUGUAGAGAUAGAGGUUUACUUGGUUUGCUUUCUGUUGAAGAGAUGCGUCAACAGCUGCGUGAUUGGUUGGACUUAUCUCUCAAUCACUCUGUUCCGUCAUCUCUUCUUAUUCUUUCCAGAGCCUUCAAUGUGUCUGGAACAAUCAAGCCUGAGGAAGCCGUGGAGUUUGCUAUUUCCUCUUUGCCAGAUGAGGUUGUUGAUACCAUUGGAGCAACAUCUUUGCCUUCUGAGGAUGCAGUUUCAGAAAGGAGGAGAAAGUUAGAGUUCCUUGAAAUGCAGGAAGAAAUGAUCAAGGAAGAGGAGGAGAAAAUGAAAGCAGAAGAAGAAAAGGCGAAACUUAAGGAGUCUACUGUUAGUGAAAAGGAUGUUGCCUUGGAAGAGAUGGUGGCUGCAACUGACAGGCAAGCACAAGAUUACGAAAAGGCUGCAUUGUCAGAUAAAGACGAUCAGCUUUGUGAGCUCAGUCGUGCAUUGGCUGUUCUGGCUUCCGCAUCAUUAGUGAGCAGGGAACGGGAGGAAUUCUUGAGACUUGUGAAUAAGGAGAUAGAGUUAUACAAUACUAUGGUGGACAAGGAGGGAAAAGAGGGGGAAGCUGAAGCUAAGGAGGCAUACAAAGCUGCCCGGGAGGGUGAUGAAGAAGAGUUAGAUACUGCUCAAGUUUCUUCAACACUGAUAAACAAGGUGGAUGCUAUUCUUCAAAAACUUGAAAAAGAAAUUGAUGAUGUGGAUGAGAAGAUUGGUGGUGAAUGGCGAUUGCUUGAUAGGGAUUACGAUGGGAAGGUGACUCCAGAAGAAGUAGCUUCUGCUGCUGCAUAUCUGAAAAACAAAAUUGACAAAGAUGGUAUCCAAGAGCUCAUCAGCAAGCUGUCAAAAGACAGAGAGGGGAAGAUACUUGUUGAAGACAUUGUUAGGCUAGGCAGUCAGAAGCAUGGUGAGGAAGCUGAAUCUGAAAGAUGAAUAGAUUCAAGAUUUAUCCACUUUAGAAGUAAAUAUUUAUUGAAUGCUUAACUAUUAGCUUAGAUAGAACAACGUAAUAUUUUUAGUGUUGUUGUAUAUGUUGGAUAAAUUUAUACAAGUUUUUAUUUGUAAUGUGUUACUACUUCAGUUUUUAUAUUACAUCGUAUUAAUUUUUACGAAA